AUGCUACCCACUCCUAAAUUCGCCAUCUGGCUGUUGAUAAGCGCGCUAGCAACCACGCUGGCUUUGGGCGUGCCAAACACGGUUCAGUAUCCCAAUAUCAGAGAUGUGGAUGCUGUAUUCAUCAAGGAUGCCCCCAUCGUGGUUGAAUCAGAGGAAUAA